GAUGGAAGGAUGGAUGGAAUACCCCUUUCAGUAAUUGCAAAUAAAAUGAUUUUACAGAGUAUCAACUCUGUAGUUUUCAAUUUACAGUGGCAAAUUUUAGGCAGACUUUAGUCCUCAAGUUGAACACAUAUAUAAAUAAACUUGUAUUUUAGGGCAUGUUUUAAAAGAAUACUUCAUUAAAUAAGCACUUGUUUCUCAGAUAACUGACUGUAAAUGUAAACCGUCAGUGACCUAUGGCUUUUAGCAAAAACAUUACAUUAUUUCCUUUGGUAAUAUGUAAUUAUUUAAAUUGAAAAUAAAUUCUUACAAAUCUUUUAUGAUUUGAAGGGCCUUGGCAAUGCUGUAGAGGCAAACAGAAACCUGUAGAAAAGCCUGCAGAGUAAUGGCAGCGCCGCUUGCUUACUGUUGCACGGUGGUUUUUGUCAGCGUGCAGACAGAGAGCCUAUUUGUUUGCCAAGACACUGACAUAUGUAGUUUCUUCACCCCAACAAGCCUCUGAGAUUCAGGUUUCUGUUGAAGAAUGACCUAUUAAUGAACCAUCAACUCUAACCAUAGAGAACAAAAAAACAAGCUGACACCAUCACAUUUUUAAGCACAGCGAGCUUCAGACUUCAGUGCCUGAGAAAUCAUUUUACCACUCAAGCUUGGAGUGGGGAACAACAGCAGCAUGGCAAAACUGACUCUCCUGUUUUUGCUUCUUUUGUUGGCAGGCCAAGUACCAGCCCUGACAGCGACCCAAGAGGGACUGAGGGUCAGACAGAACCCUCCCUCGGUCAAUGUGAUGCGGGGUGAAACGGCAACCCUGUCCUGUCAUUUCAAAGUCGAAUCCCUCAAGUACGGGGUUCAGUGGUUCAAAAUGAAGGCAGAAAAGCAGCUCAUCCCAAAGUCAUCCAGGCAGAUUGUUGUGGAGAAGAAUCAAACCUCCACUCUGGUGAUUACUGAGGUAGCACUGGAGGAUUCUGGGUGGUAUUACUGCGAGGUGAACGUCCUGCAGAAAGAGCCAGAGUGGGGCAAUGGCACCGAGCUUGUCGUCUUGGCACCACCAUCUGUACCCAAAAUUUACCUCCAGAUUCCCUCAGACCCACAGACUGGUCAGUGGGCUCUCCUCUGUUUCACUGGAGGAUUCCACCCCAGUGAGCUCACCCUCACCUUGACCUACCAGGGCGCAGCAUCCGAUAUCGAUCAUCUGUCAGUCACCAAUUGUACCCUUCCUGCAAUCAGCUCUCAUGGUAACCUGUCUGAAUACUGGGCUGAUGGAGCCCUGCUGUUCUCAGAUUGGUUAGUGAACUCCAUGCCUCUGAGACAGCCAAAGUGUGUCCAGAUGAUGGACAACCACAGCCGAGAAGUGUACCUCUUCAGUGUGUUUUUACUCCCACUGAAACAGUCUUUGGACACAGGAAUCACCUUCACAUGUGGGGUGCAGGACCACCCUGCCAUGAGCAUGGCUCUGACUGCCUCUUUCACUUGGGAUGCCUCCCCUAAUGAGCUGAUUGCACAUCUGAAUAUUUUCAAGAUGUGUUUCCUCUCUGCAGUGACAGUUGUGUUUUUAGUGGAAGCAGGCAAAUAUUUCUUUGUGCAGGAAAAAUGAUGUCAGCAAUGAAACACAAAAUGAAAUGGGAGAAAAAAACACAAAAGGACUGCCGGGUGUUCAGUGUGACUCUUCUCAGCAGACCGACCUUGACAAACAACAUCACACAAAUCAAGUUGAGAGACAAUGAAGGAAAAAUGAGAAUUCAUUCUGACACAGUUAAUUCUGCGAUAUGAGUAAAUGUUGUGUAUAACUCCUACUCUCUCUCAUAUUUGAAAGUUUCAACCAUUUUAACCCUUCUGUUUUAUAUUAUGCUUGGCUUUCACACACUGUACUGUAUAUCCUCUAAACAUUGAUGUAAUGCCGAUUUCUCCCUGCACAUCAAAGCCGUUAAUCUUUAUAACUCUUGCGCUGUUGCGUGCUGACUAGCGUGUUUUUGGAUUUGCUCAUUGUGUCAGUGCUUGGUAGUCUGCACAUCUUAGUCAUUUACUCGGGUCUGUGUGUCAAAAUGAAUGCUUCAUGCCUGAUCCACCUGUCAAACAGAUACAGUGAUCAGCUCAACCUCCGCACAGGCCUAAUUCUCACAAAACAGG